AUUUCGAACCUCACCUCACUCUCCACUCCCCUCCUGUACCAUACAGUCAGUGUUCUCAGUAUGCGAGAAGCUUCAUUCUAGACUUGAGAGCUCGAAGCUGCAGAGAAGAUGACGGGGGAGGCGCAUGCGCGUCCGUUCGAGGUCAUAGACUUGACUAGUGACAACGAGAGCCAGAAUGGCGAUACGCGAGCUAGGAGAGCAGCACAGAAUAGCAGGAGUGUGAAGGAUAGCCAGUAUGCCAAUAUUCCCUCGAGUAAUCAUGGACUGCCGGAGGAAUACAAAUGGAAACGACCAUCUUCUCACAAGAACUCCAGUCGAACAAAUCUCUCCGACUACAAGUGGCACGAGAGUCCUAAGAUCUUUGAUGCAAUGUUGAACAAAUCGCAUAAUGUCUCAAACAAGGCACUACAUAGGAAGUCGAGCGAUAUGGACUCUGGUGGAGCGGCCCCGAUGCCAAAUUAUCCUCCUAUCCUGCCAGGCGCGACAAUAGAAUCUCGUAAUUUCGGCCAGAACAAUAAGUGCGGGCACCAAUCCCUACCCUCGGGUUUAUUUGCAGCUCGACCAGAAUGACAAGCGAGGGUCCAAAUUCAUACCCUCAGACGGACUUGUGGGCCAAGUGCCAAAAGAACCUCGUGGACCAGGAUUGACAAGAGAAUCGCAUCAGCUCGACCAGAAUCACC